UAGUGACAUUUAUCGAUUACACAUAUCACUUGCAAUUAUUCCAAAACUGAGAAAGUAAAAUACAAUAAACACUGCUGCUACUCCUAUGUCUUAAGCAACAAGACGUACCUACAUACGAUACUAGUUAAUAAAAAUGGUUGCAACAUAAAAGAUAAAAAAACAAAAAGAAGUAGUCCUAUUUUCUCUCUCAAGUGUCCAGUGGUUGAGACUUGAGAGAGGAGAAAUAAAGUUAAUACUUCAAAAAAAUGAGAGAAAAAUGGAUACUAUCUCUGCUCUUCAUAAUAAUGGUAAUAAGAGGUGAAGCCGAAGCAGGAUUAAUGAGAAGAAGCAGAAGAAGUAGCCGCAUCACUACUCCAAUUUCUUUGAAUAAUAAUACUUCUAGUCCAAGUAGAUGUGAUUAUUUUAAAGGUAGAUGGAUUGUAGACUUUGCUCAUCGUUACAAUUAUACUGAUUGUCCUUUCAUUGAGAAAGAAUUCAAUUGCCUCAAAAAUGGUAGACCAGAUCUGCUUUACCUCCAUUAUAGUUGGAAGCCCGAUUCCUGCAAUUUAGCCAGAUUCAAUGCUCGAGAUUUCAUGGAAAGAUAUAGAGGAAAGAGUAUAAUGUUUGUUGGAGAUUCAUUAAGUUUAAAUCAAUGGCAAUCACUUACAUGCCUAUUGCAUUCUGGUGUACCUACUGCCACUUAUAACAUCACUAGACAAGGCAUGAUUUCUACAUUCACUUUCACGGAUUAUGGGUUGAAAGUGAUGAUUGAUAGAAGUGUGUAUCUGGUAGAUGUUGUAAGGGAAAGGAUUGGCCGAGUUUUAAAGCUGGACUCUAUUAUUGGAGGCAGAUUAUGGAUGGGAAUGGACAUGCUCGUCUUCAACACUUGGCAUUGGUGGGGCCGCCGUGGUCCUACUCAACCAUGGGACUACAUUCGUAUCGGAAAUGUAACAGUAAAAGACAUGAAUCGGAUGAUAGCCUUUGAGAAAGCACUUGAAACAUGGGCUCAUUGGGUUGACACUAAUGUGGACCCUACUAAAACUAAAGUCUUUUUCCAGGGAAUUUCUCCAUCUCAUUACAAUGGGAGUGAUUGGGAAGAACCAGAAGCAAUAAAUUGUUUAAGACAGACACAACCGGUAAUAGGGAGCAACUACCCAGGACCUUUUCCGGUGGCGGAGUCGGUGGUGAAGAGAGUUUUAAGCAAAAUGAAGACGCCUGUGACAUUGCUUGACGUUACUCUUCUUUCCUUACUAAGAAAAGAUGGACAUCCUUCCAUUUAUGGUCUAUUUUCUAUGGAUUGCAGUCAUUGGUGUCUGCCUGGUGUUCCUGAUGUUUGGAAUCAAAUUCUUUACAACUACAUUCUUUAACAACAUACCUCAUUAAUUAUACCCAAUCACUACAUAUUCUUACUAGAUUACUUACUAUUAGGUCAUUAUUAUCCAUUUCAUUCUUAUUAUCAUUUUUACACAUGUAUUUCUGAUUUCAUUGCUAUUUAUUAUGCAAUUUAUAUUAUAUUAUAGUACUAGUACAUUAGCUUAAUUCCUUUUCGAUGAAGAUAUAUAAUAUCCUUUUAGACA